CCCCUAAUUCCCAGGGGCCCUCGGCCCCAACCCAAUCAUGACGUCUCCCUUGUGCAGGGCGGCCUCCGCCCACGCCCUACCUGUUCAGGGCCAGACUUCGACCGCCUCCACGGUCAAGGGUAGUCAGGCUCAGGCCAAGCACCGUCACCCGCGAGGCACUGGUGCAGCACAGGCCUGGCCCCCACUCCAUUCCAAGGCGAAACCCCUCCACGCCAGCGGAGGGAAGUCCGCUCUGCAGGCUCAGGUGGCUGAGUUACAAAGGAAGAUACAACUGUUAGAGGGUGACCGGAAGGCCUUCUAUGAGAGCACCCAGUGGACCAUGAAAAAGAAUCAGGAGAUCAUCAACCAGCUCCGAGAGGAGACCCGGGAGCUGCAACUCCAGCUGACGGACCUGCUUCAGGGAGAUGAGAAAGUGGUCCAGGCGGUGAUUCGGGAGUGGAAGGCCGAGAAGCCGUACCUGAAGAACAGGACAGGCCAGCAGGCCCUGGAGUACCUGGACCACCGGCUGAGUGCGAAGGUGAAGCAGCUGAACGCUCUGCGGCACCAGGUGGUGCUGCGGCACAAGUGGCUAGAAGAGCUGCAGCUGCAGCACAGCCUGCGCGAGCUGGAGAUGGCCGAGGCGCAGGAUGGCAACACGGAGGUGGCCAAGACCAUGCGGAACCUGGAGAACCGCCUGGAGAAGGCCCGGAUGAAGGCAGAGGAGGCGGAACACAUCACCAACGUGUACCUGCAGCUCAAGAACUAUCUCCAGGAGGAGAGCCUUCACUUGGAGAACCGGCUGGACUCCAUGGAGGCCGAGGUGGUGAAGACCAAACGCGAGGUGGAGGAGCUGCACGUGGUGAAUCAAGAGGCGCUCAACGCCCGGGACAUCGCCAAGAACCAGCUGCAGUCUCUGGAGGAGACCGUGUUCCGAGAGCGCAAGAAGCGCGAGCGCUACUUAACCGAGUGCAAGAAGCGCGCGGAGGAGAGGAAACUGCAGAACGAGCGCAUGGAGCGCAAGACCCAGCGCGAGCACGUGCUGCUGCAGUCGGACGAUACGAUCCACGAAAGCCUGCGCGCCAGGGAGGAGGAGCUGCUGCAGCGCUGGAGCGUGUACCAGAUGGAGGUGCUCUUCGGCAAGGUCAAAGACGCCACCGGCGUGGCCGAAACGCACGCGGUGGUGCGGCGGUUCCUGGCGCAGGGCGACACCUUCACGCAGCUGGAGACGCUCAAGAGCGAGAACGAGCAGGAGCUGGUGAGACUGGAGCAAGAGAAGCAACGGCUGCAGCGGGAGCUCGAAGACCUCAAGUACUCGGGGGAGGCCACGCUGGUGAGCGAGCAGAAGCUGCAAGCCGAGUUGCAGGGGCGCCUCAAGGCGGAGGAGCAGCGGCGCACCGAGGCCCGGGAGCAGUUGGAGCGUGCGCUGCGGGCCAUGCAGGUGACCAAGGAGGGCCUUGAGCACCUGGCCGGCAAGCUGCACCACGUCCCUGUGGCAGGCCCCGCCCCCGAGGAAGCCCCGCCCCAAACCUCCCAGGACCCAACAGGCGGCGCAGCCACUCAGGAGGCCGGCCGCUUGGCGGGAAAGGAGCUGGAUCCCAAGGCAGGUGACUAUCUGCCGAAACUGCUGAGCCUCGUGGAGGAGAAGCUUCUCAAGCUGCAGGCGCAACUCCAGAGCCACGACGUGCCGGAGAUGCUGCGCCACAUCGCCGACCGCGAGUUCUACUCCAGCCUAGAGGGAAAGCUGCCCGCGUACAACACCCGCAUCGCCCUGCCCCUUUCCACUCCCAAGGACAAGUUCUUCGACGAAGAGGAGAGUGAGGACCAGGACAACGACGUGGUGACCCGCGCGGCGCUCAAGAUGCGCUCCCAGAAACUGAUGGAAACCCGCACCAGAAGGCGCAGCCGCUCGCGGAGGUCCUAGACUCGCCCUCGCGCCCACCUGGCGCCUCCGGGCCCCUGUGGAGCCCCCGACCCCUCUGGGCCCAGCCGCGCGGGCCCACGGGGCCCCUUCAGGGCUGACCGCGGCCGAGACGUGGGAGGGAGCGGGCCGGCGGCGCCCGGAACGGAGAAGGGGGCUGGGCCGCCGGACGUUCCCACAGUAAAUCUCCCCAGGCGGGUCCGCGCCGGCCUCGGAAUCGCGCAAUAAAGGUCACCGACCAGC